AUGGCGAACGAAGGAGCUGCGGGGAACGACGUCACCAGUAGAACCCUCGGGCAGCCGGAAACCUCGACAAUGAGCGACAAGAUGGAGAAGGCCUCGAUAGACAAGGCCUCAAUCGACAGCGGGGAGGAGCAUACCGAGACAGGCACUACAGAAACUGCAAACGACGAUGAGGCGCGAUUCGAAUCCAUCAGGCCAGCAACGGCAACAUCGGCCGCCGGCAGGGCCACAGGGAGGUCGGCAGUGAGGACGCGCUCGUCAGGCGUGUCGACGAGGUCGUCCCUCAGCCGCGUGCGGUCGCACAAUGGGUACGGCUGCGACGACCUGGACGAGCCGGGCUCGUCGGAGGAGGACUCGGGCGGCGACCCGGAGAAGGGCGAUGCGGCGCAGGCGCGGGAGAAGGACCCGUUCGGGGUCGGCUUCGAGGGCGGCAACGCGGACCCGUGGUGCCCGCGCAGCAUGGCGCCGGCGCGCAAGUGGGCAAUCGUGGGGCUAACGUCGAUGGGCAGCUUCUGCGUGACGUGCGCGAGCUCCAUCUACACGUCGACGUACACGCAGAUGAACGCCGAGUUCGGCUGCUCGCGCAUCGUCGCCACGCUGGGCCUGAGCAUGUUCGUCCUGGGCAUCGCGCUGGGGCCGAUGUGGAGCCCGCUGUCCGAGUUCUACGGGAGGAGGCCCAUCUACCUGGCUGCGUUUGCCGUAUUCACAGUUUGGAUCGUGCCGACCGCCGUCGCGCGCAACAUUGGCACCGUCAUCGUCAGCCGCUUCUUCCAAGGCCUCUCCGGCAGCGCGUUCCUCAGCGUGUCUGGUGGCACGGUUGGUGACCUGUUCACGCCUAACCAGAUGCACUAUCCGAUGAUCAUGUUCACGGCGUCGCCAUUCCUCGGUCCAAGCUUCGGUCCUAUGAUUGGGGGUUUUAUAAAUUCUAACGUGAACUGGCGGUGGACUCAUUAUAUGCUCAUCAUCUGGGCUUUUGUAAUAUGCCUGGCGCUCGCGGUCACUGUGCCGGAAACAUACCACCCUGUCGUGUUGCGGAACAAGGCCAGGAAAAUCCGCAAGGACACCGGUGAUGAACGAUGGAAGGCCCCGAUCGAGAAGACGAAUAAGUCCCUUGUCCGCACUGUGGGGCUCUCCCUUCUGCGACCCUUCCAGAUUCUGAUAUUCGAGCCCAUGGCGCUGAUUCUGAACCUGUACUCGGCGAUCCUGCUAGGAAUCCUGUACCUCUUUUUCGGCGCCUUCCCACUGGUAUUUCAGGGCACCUAUGGGUUUAAUCUGUGGCAGACGGGGCUGACGUUUCUGGGAAUGCUCGUGGGAAUGUUCUGCGCUGCGCUCCUAGGCCCGCUCUGGGUCAAGAUCCGGGCCCAGCUGAUCGAGAAGAAUGCGAGGCUCACGGGCGUCGAGGGCAAGGCCGAGCCCGAGUACCGCCUCCCCUCUGCGAUACUGGGGAGCGUUCUGGUGACCAUUGGUUUGUUCUGGUUUGGGUGGUCUUCCCAGCCGUGGGUCCACUGGAUCAUGCCGAUCAUCGGUUCAGGCAUCUUCGGCUGUGGGACGCUGCUUGUCUUCUCCGGGACCUUCAGCUAUUUGGUUGACGCCUACCCUCUCUACGCGGCUUCGAGUUUGGCCGCAAACGCACUGGCCCGGUGCUCUUUCGCAGCUGCUUUCCCCCUCUUUGGGCUCCAGAUGUAUGAGAAGCUUGGUAAUCAGUGGGCGACGUCGUUGUUGGCGUUCCUGACUGUGGCCAUGCUGCCCUUCCCGUAUUUGUUCUACAAAUUUGGCAAGCGGAUACGCGCACACAGCAGAAUGGCGACGACGGACUGA